GAAAAGCUUGGUGUGGUGAACCCUAAGCGGGAACAAAACAUACGAAAAACACCCACAAUUCUCCACCCCGCAAGAUGUGGACAAGCUAAGUGGAUGAUGACCACCACGGACCGAGGGAAAGGGGUGGAGGAGGGGGAGAAUGGUGGGGCGGCGGCGGCAGCAGCAGUGGCGGCAGUGGGGGGAGGCUGCACCGACACUUCCAUUGACCCACCCCCCUCCUCCACUUCCUCCUCCAACUCCAACUCCUCCUCAGCCUCCAUCCCCCCAAGUGGAGUGAUGGUGCCGGGGGGGCCAAAGGGACCUGAUGGCACUGUUAUUGAGGAGGUAAUGACAGCUGUGGUGGGCAAGAAACAGCCGGUGCGAGGCCAGGCGUUCCGAGCACCCAACGGAGAGUAUGUGUCCUAUCUGUGCACCGACGACAGCACACUCUACAGGCCUGGAGAUUCGGUUUACAUCGAGAGCCAGCGUGUUGACCAGCCCUUCUUCAUCUGCUCAAUUCAGGAGUUCAGACGCAGCAAGCGUGACAAUCUCAUGGUGAACAUCAAGUGGUUCUACCGGCCCUCGGAGGUCCCGGAGACAGUGUACCAGCGGCUGGCCCAGGACCGCAACACUGAGAAUAAUAACAAGUCGUUGGUGACUGACGAUCCGGUGAUCAAGUCGCGGGAACUGUUCAUCUCAGACGCCACAGACACGUACCCCGUGUCUGUGCUGCGCGGCCUGUGCAGGGUCGACCACUACUCUGACAUACACUCCGUCAGGGACUUCCUGCCUGAGGACAACUCAUUCUUCUACAUCCUGGGAUACAACCCUGAGACGCGGCGGCUGGCCUCCACACAGGGGGAGAUCCGCGUGGGACCUUCACACCAGGCUAAGCUGCCGGAGUUCAAGGGCAAUGUAAUAGUGGAUGAGCGGCCUGAGGUGUGUGCUGACUGGGAGGAGCAGCGGUGGGUUCCUGGGGCGUCGCGGGACACAGACCUCCUGAUGUACCUGAGGGCAGCGCGGUCCAUGGCUGCGUUUGCUGGCCUGUGUGACGGAGGCUCCACCACGGACAGGUGUAACGCAGCCUCCAGGGACGACACCACUAUCAAUGCUCUGGAAAUGCUGCACAACAGUGACUAUGACCACGGCAAGGCUCUGCAGGCGCUGGUCAAGUGUCCUGUACCUGAUGGCAUUGAGAAAAAGUGGUCAGAGGAUGACAGGAAGCGGUUUAUGAAGGGACUGAGGCAAUAUGGCAAGAACUUCUUCAGGAUCCGCAAAGAUUUGUUGCCCCAUAAAGAAACGAGUGACCUUGUGUCCUUCUACUACCUGUGGAAGAAAACCCCCGCAGCGGCCGGCCACAGACCACACCGCCGCCACCGCCGCCAGAAUGUGCUGCGGCGAAUAAGGACUCCCCGAGCACAGCGCAACACAGGCCCCAGCGACCCCCUGGACCCCUCCUCUGCCUCGGAAAAGGAUGAUGACUCCGAUGACUCCGACUCUAAGGACCGCCAGGGGUACCACUGCCGCCACUGCUAUACCACCUCCUCCCGUGACUGGCACCACGCUGGGAAGGACAAACAGCUGCUGUGUUAUGAGUGCCGGAUACACUUUAAGCGCUACGGUGACCUGCCUGUCAUCACCAACCCUCGGGAGCCUCCACCUGGCUCUGGCCGCCCUCCACCCACACCCACAGAAGAGGACUUACGGAUGAGGACACGCACUCGCUCCAAGGAGAUCAGCACCAGGCACCGCGCCGCCCGCCGCUCCCGAGCCAACACGCCGGACAUCACAGAUGAGUGCCCCACGCCAGACAGGAGGACACCAGAUCGAAGGACACCGGACCGCAGGACUUCCAGAUUGUCCAACUCACCCGCCCCAAAGAAGAUGGAGGACAAGAAUCCCCAGCGUGCGAAGCGUGCCAUGGGUUCUGAUGAUGCCUCGGGCUCCUCCACCCCAAGCAAGCGGAGGCGGAAUGGUGGAGAUAUGUCAGGGCUGAGUUCUGAGGAGAGCUCUGAUGAAGGGGAUGGCUGCAGUGGUGACCCCAGCUCCCCCUCCCCCAUGAACCCCUCCAACCCCACCCCUCAACUCAUGCCUGUCUCAACCCCACAGCCUGAAGCCCCUGUCCCCUCCCCUGUCUCCCAGCAUCCCCCCACCCUCACCACCACAUCUACUGUCACUGCUACCACCACCACUACCACCACUCAUGCUACUACUGCUGCUACCACUCCUCCCCCAACCACCACUUCACUACCUCCUAUCAUCCCCACACCAUCCUCCACCAUCACCACUGCCACCACCACUACCACUGCAACCACCACCACCACCACCACCUCCAUCCCUACACCAACCCCAGCCUCCAUUCCUCCAGCUACUACUAUUGCUACAUCUUCUCCAGCUGUCACUGUCACUGUUCCUGCUGCACCCCCCUCCUCCACUGCUACUGCCCCACCACCCCCACCUCACCCCUCCUCCACCCCAGCUCACCUCCUCCCCAUCUCCUCAUCAGUGCCCCACUCCUCUGCCCCUCCACUACCACCCAAAUCCAGGCAGCUGGUGCCUGCAGGGUCCCUGUGGCCCAUCCUGCCCCCGUCCCCUGCCUCCAUCCCCGUCACCACAACCACCACCACCACAGCCACCACCACCACUACCACCCCACUGGCCCCAACCACCCAGGCCACCCCCACCUGGAGCAAUGUGGUGCAGGCUCCACUUGUGUCCACUGCCCUGCCCCGCCUCUCCCCUGGUGGGCCGGUACCUCCACCUCCCCCAGCACAUUCUGGCUCUGCCAUCCAGCCUCAGGUCAUCACCCGAAUCUCUGCUCCCCCAGCACCCCCACCCACCCAGGCCCCACCUUCCACCCCGGGUAAGCCCCUUGCUGUGCCUCCUGGGGUGCCCAUCACUGGGGCAGGUGUUCUGGGACCAGGCCUGGGACGUCCCGGGAUGGGUCCCUGUCGGGUGGUGCCUCAGUCUGUGCCUCCUAUAGUGCCCCGCACCUCAGCCCUGACAGUGGUGGCUCCUGUGGCAUCAGUGGGGCCUUCCCCACCCAUCACCGCCACACCCAGCCCUCUGCGCCCAACUCCCAGCCUGGAGGAACGGGGCUCAGUGGUGCGUGCCCCUGUCAGCAGUGUGCCCCACAGCGUGGUGGCCCCACAGACCACAGCUCCUGCACCGAUUCCACACGACAAGCCCCCCAAGGUGAAGUCCGAGGCAGAGUUGGGGAGGUAUCCCCCAGGGCUGUACCACCCUGCCCUCAGACCCCCACCCACUGCCCAUGGACACCCUCCUCCAUCUCCCUCACACCACCCACCCCUCAGCCAACCCCCAACCACCUCUGCCACAAUGUCAGUGGCCAGCACUGUGCCGGGCACAUACCCGGCCAGUGUGGCGGCUGCCUUGUCCCGCCCACCACUCAUCUCCACCUCAGGCAUGCUCCCCCACCCCCCCACUGCCCCCAUCAAGCCUGAACAGAUCAAGAGGGAGGUUGAACCGCCCUUCAGGCCGGACAAGAUCAAGUAUGAGCAUCCGGUCCCUCCCGGGCCACACCAUCCCAGCUCCUCCCUGCCGCCGCCACCACUUGAAGUGUUCAAGGGGGAGGUGCCCAAGGUGGAGCCCAAGGAGGAGGUGAAGCAGGAGCGCGGUGACCGUCCAGAGAUCAUCGCUGAGAUAAAGUCUGAGCCCAGGAAUGAUAUGCCCAAGCUACCCCCCAUCACCUCUGCCUCCGCUCUGCCGCCCGCAAACCUGGGCUCCCUCCCUGUUAGCCUGUGCAUCCCUGGUUAUCCCUACCCCUAUGCUGCCUAUGGCUACCCUCUGCCCCUGCAGUACUCCUACCCUGGCCCGGGCCACCCCCGCACCACGGCCUCCACUCUCCACCGGCCACAGUCCCCCUCGCAGCGGCCAAGCAGCGCCGGCUCCUCUGCCCCGCCACCCCCUGUGUCCUCCAGCCGUGCUUCACCCCCAGCACCCAUCUCCACCACCAUCUCCUCCUCCACCAUCACCACCUCCUCCACCACCACCAAGCCCUCCACCAUCCCUGGCACCUACGCUCCGUCUCACCUGGGCCCAGCCAUGUUUGCAGGCCGGCCAGGUGUUCCCACACACCUCUCCUCCCCCAGCAAGCUGCCAACUAGUCAGCCCCCGGCAGCCCCACCAGGGUUGAGGCCUCCUGGCCCUGCCGUAGGCCUCCCUGGCAUGUCACCGGGGAUACCUCCUGGCUUGCCCCCUGGCCUUGCAGCCACUUCCACCGGACAGCCACCCCUGCCCACUCCCCCAGCAGCCCACACAGGACCAGUGCCCGUCAACCUUUCUCGAUCCUCCACCCCUGCAGCCAGCCAGCCCCCAACCACUCAGGCCCUGCCUGCCACAGUGCCCCCCAGCCACCCAUCCUAUCCUGGGGGCCCUCCAUCUACCCUGGGCCCCACUGCCGCCCAGCAUGACGAGGAACAUGACGACGGGGACGACGACAUUCCUCUCCACAGGGAGCCAUCACCGGAACCCAAGAUUGAGGACUCUGAGUUCCACCGCUCUGAGAGUGCCAUUUUCCUGCGUCACUGGAAUCGUGGUGAAUUCAAUUCUUGCACUCGCACUGACCUCACCUUCAAGCCAGUCCCCAACAGCCAGCUGGCUCGGAAGAGGGAGGAGAGGCUGAGGAAGCAGGCAGAGAAGGAACGAGAGGAGAGGGAGAAGAUACAGAGGAAAGCCAGCAGCAGCACACCAGACAAGAGGGAGACGCCUAAAUCUUCAAGCUCUGGAGGAAGCUCUCUGUACGAUCGUAUGCAGCCCAGGAACCCCAUUGAAACUCCAGCCCUCUCCAGACUAGGGGAGUACGCCCGUUCCCCCGCUGGUGUGUCUCCGGGUGCAGCUCGUCCCCCGGGUCUGGGCCUUCCAUCAGGUCUGGGAGCAGCACCGCCACCUGGCCUGGACCCUCUGCUGCACUACGGCAGCAUGCUGUACCCGUCGCCAGCGCCACAGGAGCGGCUGGAGCUGGAGGCGCGGGAGAGGGAGCUGAGGGAGCUGAGGGAUCGAGAGCUGCUGACAGACCGCAUCAAGCAGGAGAUGCUGAAGCGGCCCCUCAACCCGGCUGACCCUGCCUACUCUCAUGGCCUGUCCCCACACUGGCUGAGUGGGGCACGCUUCCCUGGCCUACCUCCGCCAGUCACCCUGGCUUCAGGCUUCCCGCACAGCCACCCCCUGUACCCCCCAAGUCCCUCGGUGUCAUCCGCCAUGAUCGCCAACGAGCGGGACAGACUGGAGCGCCUCGGGUUGCCAGCCACCACCAUGGGCCUGACCGGGGCCGCUCCUCCCUCGGACAGCCCCCUGACCGUGUCCUCUGUGGAGCGGCUCGCCCUGGCUGACCACAUGCAUCGGCUGCAGAUGUUCAACGAAGUUCAUGCCCAUACUCACUCCCACGCCCACACCCACCUGCACCUUCACCCAGGAGCAGCAGCAGUAGCAGCCGCUGGGUAUCCCCCUCGACCACUGCUGCGGCCAGGCGACCACUCCCCCCACCAGCUGCCCCCAGGUUACGCUCCCCAGAGUCACCACGCCUUGCUGGGGAGGCCGUACGAGGAGCUGGCACACAUCACGGCAGCCCACGCACACGAACUACAGCGGCAGAUGCUGAUAGAGAGAGAGCGCUUCCCACACCUGGCACCGGGAGGACCCUUCAGGCCAGAGUAUGGGCACGGGCGCUAGGACACCCCGGCCACCUCCUCUUAGUGGACACCUGUUGAGCCAUUGAUGACUGAAACCUUGAAAUGGGGGACUCAAACCAAGGAACGAUAUGAGGACUACCUUUGUUACUUCUAAAGGACUCUAGGUGUGGCAAUCCUUCAUGCCUCCUCCCAGUGACACUUGGGUGAUAAACUAAGGGUGUUCAGGCACGGGUGAGGAAGGACAGCGAGGCAGCCGUGCCCUUCAAUCUGCCUUCUUAGGGCCCCCACUGAGCAGUACGGGUGCAGUUUACAUUAGGUUUGCUCUCCUUCCUUUCUGCUGUUGUAUAAUGCUGCUCUUAUUAUUUAUUUAUCUUCAGGGUUGUUUUGCAAUCAUUAAGGGAAGCAACGUAGAGGAAGAGGUUUGUUAGUAAGACUCGAGUACCUUAUAGGAGAGGUUGUAAUGUUGCACUUGUUAUGAUUUUGAUUAUUAUUGCGUUAUUGUCAUCCUACCGUGAUUACCUCAGUGCUACAGAAAGUGAGUGAUCUAUACCUGUCUGUACUUCCCUUGCUCAUAACAUGAAAGACACUGAGGCUUGCAGCCCUCUCACCUGUCUCACUAAGAGUAGUAUUAUUUUGUUAUUAUUAUUAUUAUUAUUAUUAUUAUUAUUAUUAUUAUUAUUAUUAUUAUUAUUAUUUAUUAUUUUUUUAUAAUUUUUAUUAAUUAUCAUUGAAAUAAUAUUAUUAUUAUUAUUAUUAUUAUUAUUAUUAUUAUUAUUAUUAUUAUUAUUAUUAUUAUUAUUAUUAUUAUUAUUACUGUUACUACUACUACUACUUUUGCUGCUACAUUAUUUAUUUUGUGACAAAGACAUUUGAAAGAAUUUGGUGCAAUGUCUGAAGUUAAUUACAGCUGUUAGUUGAUUGAUUGGUGUGAGUCACAUAGUUUGCUUGUGUGUGUGUGUGUGUGUUUGUGUGUGCGCGUGUGCAUAUGCGUGUCUGCAUGUGUGUGUGGACGCAUGCAGACCUCUGUAUUUGUUUUAAAUUUUUAGGGAACUGAGUCCAGCUUGUGUCUCAUGUUUUAGUAUGGUUUUAUCACAUAUAAAGAUAUAUAUAUUUUCUUUUAACUGAAGGAUUUCACACACAACUUUCUCCUCAUAAUAUAUUCCACUGAUAUGUUUGAAAUGUCCAGAAAGCUGAAUUUACUCACAUGUGUGUGUGUGUGUGUGUGUGUGUGUGUGUGUGUGUGUGUGUGUGUGUGUGUGUGUGAGAGAGAGAGAGAGAGAGAGAGAGUAGUAUUGUUGAGCACAUACAUAGUAUUUCUCUGAGACACUGAUAGGUUUGCAGGUGUCAUUUUUCUAUGUAACAUCCUUGGUACGAAGCCUGUGUGUCUUGAUACAUACCUGUGUUGGGGAAACAGCUGGCAGUUGAAGUUGUUCAUGGAUACACACAGAUAUACACACACACACACACACACACACACACACACACACACACACACACACACACACACACACACACACACACACACACACACACACACACACACACACACACACACACACACACACACACACACACACACACACACACACACACACACACACACACACACAAAGCAGUAAAUAGAGAGCUAUAUUAGUCUACUCUGUAAUGUAACUUACCAGUACCAUACUUUAUAUAAUGUUAAUUGGACAACAUAUCACAGCACCAGGCCCAUAGGGAGGUAGUGGUGCUGAGGGCAACUGAACCAAUAUAAACCAAAAUAUUGUAGUUACUAGGCUAGUUAUUCCAUUUGUUAAGUCUUGUGACACCCUGGGCCCUCCCCUGCGUGUGUGUGUGUGUGUGGAGGGCUGGCAGGCAAUGUUUUAAGGCCAGAGGCUGGAAGUGAGUUUGUACUUGAACACAUUGUUGUAUUGUGGAGUGGCAGUGUAAAUAGAACUGCUGGCAAUGAUGCACUUGUCUGCCAUUUGGUUUUCUUGCUCUUUAUCUUUUGUUUAACCUUCUCUCACUUUUAUCAAAGGAAAUCCCAGUUCUUAUUUAUAGAAACAAAUGACUGAAUUCAGCUGUGUAACCAUUAAUUGUACCUUUGUAUAUACUGAGGUCCUCCACAACCAAAACUGUUGGCACCAAGCACGAAUCCAUAGCAUCUGUGAUGCUUGCGUGCCGCUGGCUAUCAGGCUGGCAACAGCCCUCGGUUGAGCCGAGCGACGACCACGGCAGACCCUGGGGCAGCGAGUCACCCUCCCAGCCGCCUGCCGCUGGGUGUGGCGGCGUCCUACAAACACUACCGUACAUCCUGUUCCUAUAGCACAUAAUCACUCAAGCCUGGACUCAGAAUUAGUACUAUUUGCACUUUUUUACUGACAGAAGCCUUGUGUAGUUGUUAAGGUCAAAGCAAUUGAUCACUUGUUGACUUAAUGUACAGCAGAAUUGUCAAGAGUUCAAAUGUGCAGUUCCCUUGGUUUUUGUUGUGUAGCAUUUUCUAUCACAAUUCACAAAUGUCAAAAAUAUAUACCUAUAAAUACUAUAUAUAUGAAUUACAGAAGUGCAAAUGAAAAAAAUUAAAGCAAACACUGCAUUCCUAUUUCCCUACAAGUGUUUCAAAAUUCUUUCCACGGAUCAGUGACUCCUACGCAUCAGGUCACACACCACUGCCUUGAGACACUCACCCCUCAGCCACACACAGGCCUGUUCAGCUCAGGGACUGGCAUGCUCUCCCCUGGACCUCCUUACCUUGUAUUAAAGCUAUUUGCUCUUAUGAACUUAGCACAACCUAGCUCUUCCAUACUCCUCCCAGAAUAUUGCAUCAUUGUGUGUACAAGUUUCACUAUUGGCUGUGGUGUCUGUUAGUUAUGGUUGGAAGUUAAGUAACAUGGAGCCCUCACUUUCCUUGUGUAUCUUGUUUUCCUCAGUGGUAAGGCUCCUGAUCUCAGUCUCCUUUCAAAAUCUGACACAGUGUUUAGAAGAGGGCAUGAUACUGAGGGAAAAGUUAAAGCAUAGGAGUGGUUGACUCAUUACUUGACUUCCAACCAUAACUGGAAUUUUUACUAUUUAUGAUGGUACAUAAUAAACUCAAUAACCACAAGUCCCCAGCCAUUAGCAUGUUUGUAGUGGACUUGUAUUGGCUGCCAGUCCUGGUCCCUCAAGGCAGUGGCUGUGUUGUGGACCUUCAAUUUCCUACUGUGAUAACACAAGACGACUGCCUGGUGCACAGUGCCACGGCUGUACUGUGCUGCUCCUCCCCAUCCACCUCCUCUCUGCCUAUUCCUCCUCCUCUUCCCCCUCCCCAGCUGCUCCCUCACCAGGGAGUGGGGAGAGCUCGUCACCGCCACCCUGCACACCUCACCGUCAGGCCUCGUGCUCCACCCUCUCAAGUAGUGUAGGACUUUUAUAUAUCGGUGUGAUGCCCUUUCUACACAUGCAUAUGUAUUUCAUUUACACAGUCAUAUCAUGAUGACCUCUUUGGUACUAUUUUUUAAAACUUGCUUUCACUAGAUGUAUAUAUGAAAAUAAAUUAGUAGUAAUUUUUACUU